CCACUAUCUUUCAUACAACCAGACAAAAUUUCUGACAUUUUAUUUGAGGAUCUGUUCCCUCUCAUCCUUUCCUCACACCAACCUCUUCUCUCUUUCUCUCUCUCUGGUUUGGGUUUUAGUUUUUGGAUGAAUGGCGGCGGUGGAGAAGCUGGUGGAGGUGGUGGAGACGGAGGUGGUGAUAGAGUUCAAGCCGGGAGUGAAGUGCCGGUCGGACCUCCACCUCCGGUCUCUUCAUCCGACGGCGGUCGUGGCCUUCAAGGUCCAAACCUCGGCUCCCCACAAGUUCCACGUCAAUCCUCCCAACGGCGUCCUCCCCCCGCUCUCCUCCGCCGUCCUCCAAGUCAUUCUUCGCCCCCAGCCCCUCCCCCCUCCCACCUUCCCCCGCUCCCCCUCCGAUCGCUUCCUCAUCAAAGCCUCCUUCUCCGCCGCCUUCGACGACGCCGACGCCACCCACGACACCCGCCUUAAGGUCGCCUACGUUGGGCCCUUCCUCCUCCGCCACGCCGCCUCCCUCGGCGACACCGCCGCCGUUCGCCACCUCCUCCGCCGCCAGCCCUCCCUCCUCCCCCGUCUCCCCCCGGCCGACUCCGCCGCCCUCCUCCGGUCCGCCGACCCCUCCCUCCUCCCCCUCCUCCUCGACCUCCCGGCCUCCACCUCCCCCCCCUCCCCCUCCGCCUCCCCCUCCCACAAGCCUCCUGUUAAAGAAAAACCCAACGGCGAGGCGGCGGCGGCGACGGCGACGCCGAGAGGGUGGACGGCGGUGCACGCGGCAGCGGCGGCGGGGGAGUACGGGGAGCUCUUGAGGGCGAUAGAGGAGUGGGGAGUGGACGCGAGAGACGGGGAGGGGAGGACGGCGCUGCAUGUGGCGGCGGGGAGGGGGCACGUGAGAUGCGCGAGGACGCUGGUGGAGAGGGGGGCCGAGAAGAACGCGAGGAGCGGGGACGGACGGACGGCGUUGUACCGGGCGGCGGGGAACGGGGACGCGGAGAUGGUGGCGGCGCUGCUGGAGAUGCGGGCGGACGCGGGCAUCGCCACCGCGCGGGGCCGGACACCGCUCGACGUGGCCCGAGACAAGGGACAUCUAGAGGUGGUGGAGAUGCUGGAACGUGGGGAGAUGGUCAUGACAGCAUCAAGAAGAGGAGACCUGAGGCGCCUCGAAUGCUUGCUCAAGAAGCGCAUCGGAAUCCACGGCCAUGACCAGUAUGGGAUGACCGCGCUUCACUCUGCUGCGAUCAAGGGGCACCGGGACAUCGUGUCGCUGCUCAUCGAAUUUGGCAUGGACGUGGAGUGCCAGGACAUCGAGGGGCACACACCGCUCCACCUAGCGGUGGAAGGUGGGCACCUGGAGACCGUGGAGCUGCUGAUUGAUAUGGGAGCCAACAUCAAUGCCAAGACCAAGAGAGGGGCGACUCCUUACCUGAUGGCGACGUCCAUGGGCUACGAUGCCAUGUCACAGCUGCUGCUCAGUAGGGGAGCAACCUCUUCCUCAUGCAUAGCAUCAUCAUCUUCUUCAUCAACUUCACGCAAUUAACAUACGGCAUCCUACGGUCGGCAAGGGGGUGGUUCUCCCUGCAAACUAAAAAAGAUUCCCUAAGCUAGUUUUUUUUCAGAGUACAUUCCAAAAGAUUAAACUUGUUUUCCAGCAUUCCAGCUCGUGAUUUGAUUCCACUUACCAAAGCUUACACCAA